UACCUGAAACGACUGUUACUGGUUCACGGGCACUGGUCCCAGUAUCGCCUAACACACACCAUGCUGUUUUUCUACAACAAAUGCACUCUUUUCCUCACCGUCCAAUUGUGGACUAUUAUUUCAGCGGGAUUCUCAGCGAUCACGUGGUACGACACGUUGUACUUUGUGAUCUACAAUCUCACAAUGACAUCAGUGGUUUACACUGUAUAUGGAUUUUUUGAGAAACAUUUGACCGAUACCGAGCUCCUGGAUCAUCCAUGGUUGUACGGCAAAAUUGCUGGACAUCGGAAUCUUCGACCGAUAAAAGUGGUCCUCUACCUGUUGGACGGGUUCUGGCAAGGUACGGUCAUUUUCACGCUCACCUACUACGUGUUCAGCGGUGGCGAGUUCUACGCACCGGCCAAAUACUUCCAGCAAGUGGACCGACACUUGCAGGAGUUCGACUUCAACAUGAUCGGUGCCGCCUCCUAUCUGGUCAUUGUGAUCUGUGCCAAUCUACGUAUCACCAUCUACGUUCGCGACUUUAAUGUGUUCUAUCUGGUUGCCUUAUUGUGCACAGUCAUCCUGAACGUGAUUGUGUUAAUUCUCUUUCAGACCUUUGCAAAACCGACCGGAUAUCAUGCAGCAAUAUACAAGAAUCUGGUUUCAAGUCCAACCUUCUGGUUCAGUAUACCGGUAAUCGUUUUCUUGGCCGAAUUACCGGCCCUAUUAUGGCGAAUAGCAUCAGACUAUUGGUGGCGAAAACAACUUGUCAAGGAUGGACAAUCACGUGAGCUUGUCGUGACCGAUUACUUGAGCACUCAGGAAAUCCACAGUCUACAGAUGGUGACAUUUUGA